CCAAGUGACGUAUCGAUCGCGCACGGCCCGAGAAACGAACAACCACGCGUAAAGAUACGCAUAUUUUUCAUGGGUAUCGCGCGGUGUCGUUUCCAAACAACGUGGACCCGAGUUAAUUAUUUACGCACGGUCAUUCGUCGAUCUCACGCUAUACCGCGCUCUCUUCCGAAAGAUGUGGAAUGGUUGAGCUGCGUAUCUAUGGAUUGUAACAUAGUGUCCGUCUGGUCGGGCGACGACAGCAGUGGUGACGGUGGUGGCGACGGCUGAAUCAUACUGCAUACUACCGUGACAGUCCAACCAUGAACUCGCGAUCAACACUACAGUCUACAAUGCUCUACCAGGAGGACCAAGAGGAAGUGGAACUACGUUUUUAGUUGGAGACAUAAACCCACGCGGCGCUAGUAGGCUGUGAUAUUAUCUAGAUGCACUUUAGAGAAAAAAUUAAAGCCAUCGGCACAAGUAUGAAAUCGAUUCUAACAUCGCCCUAACAGUGUGGUUGAUAGCUAUGACUAGUUAGUAGUUCUAGUUACAAUUACCACUAACUGCUGGAAUUGCUGCAACAAGUUGCACUUGACAUGGUUUGUCAAACUAAGAAAAAAAUAGAAAACAACGAUUUUUGUGUCUCGCUGCAAACAAACAAAUUUUAAUCGUAUAAUACAACACAAUAAAUUGUUGAAAUAAAUUAAUGUCUGUUUCGUUAUUUCUAAAUUAUCGUAAUUUAGAUAUACAUAGAAUUGGUGAUGGUAAAAUCAUUGUCUCCCAUUCUAACUGAAAUUAAAUAGCUGUCACCGCACACUAUUAUAUUUCGGGAAAUGAUUAUGUGUAUCAGCCUACGUUAUAUUUGAUAAAUAAUUUAUAAAAAAACGUUCAGAUUAAAAAUAUUUUCCGUUACUCAGGUAACGUAAGCGUAAUUUUUUACUAAAGUAUAUUGAUAAAAAAGUAUGAUGGUCGAUUGUUCUACGAUAAGGUGAAAGUUUAUCUAAAUGCUUCGCAACAAGUGAUCCAAGGUCAAUCGGCCCAGUCGAAACAAUCUUUAUGGAUUCGAUACAAAUACAAGUAUCCGUGUAUCAUAACAAAUCAAGAUAGACAGUUUACUUCUAAACGCUUACUUAAAGAUAACACUUGUGAGUGAAUAUCAUUCGCGAGUGACAUUAUAUAUUAUAGAAGAAAUGGGUGCCAACAAUUGUAAAGGACUUCUUCCAGGAAGUUCUAGGAUCACACCAGGCAAAUUGCCGAAAACAGAUUAUCUCUGUUUACCGAGCUGAUUAAACAAAUAUGUGAAAUUCUGUAAUGAAAUGCAAAUCAUCGAUUAGAAUAAAGUUACGCGCGCAGGACUAGACGUACAUUCUUCGUGCAUACAUUUAAAUAUCCAAUACCGAACAAUAGUUUUACUACUGAUAUUUUUCAAGCAAUAAAUUAUUCUUCAUGCAAAUCUAAUGUUAAUCUCACGAAUUCUUUACAUUACGAGUAAUUUAGUAUUAUGAAUAAUGUUUUAUUAUAAUAGGAAAAUACUUUGACAGCACUUAUGUGUUUGUAUACUGUGAAACGUUUCACGCGUUUAGCGUGUAAUACACUUUCUUAUGCUCGUUUAAAGAUACACAAAGCGGAAAUGACAGAAUUAAAGUCUGAAAAGAAGAUUCAUAUUUGCAGUGAGUGUAAUAAACCAAAAGAAGAAAUUAGGUCGUCGCGUAAUAGUUCAAAAUGUUGCUGUAGUUGUAAACCAGAAAAACAUGAUUACAUCGAAGAUGUGGUGUGCAAAGAAACUGAUAUCAAAGAAAAUGAAAUGAAACUAUUACCGCUUGGAGAUGCUGGAACAAAAAUUUUGUUAAUCAAACAAAAAGGAGAGUUACACGCUAUCGGUACAAAAUGUACACAUUACGGAGCUUUGCUUCAUACAGGAGCAUUGGGAGAUGGAAGAAUAAGAUGUCCAUGGCAUGGUGCAUGCUUUAACAUUAAAACAGGAGACAUAGAAGAUUAUCCAGGCUUAGAUUCUUUGCCAUGUUAUAAAGUAAACGUGGAUGAUACAGGGCUUGUACGGGUGAAAGCAAACCGUAAAGAUUUAGAUCUGAACAGACGUGUAAAAAAAAUGUCUAAAUUGGAUGCCAACAAUAAAACUACCGUUGUAAUAGUUGGAGGGGGACCAGCUGCCGCAACAUGUGCUGAAAGUUUGCGACAAGAAGGUUUUACUGGAAAUAUUGUUAUGGUUUGUAAGGAAAACACAGUUCCAUACGAUAGGGUAAAAGUGUCUAAGGUUUUAGACUUUGAUAUCGAGCAAGCAGCCUUGAGACCGCAAUCAUUUUACGACGAUCACAGUAUUCAAGUGAAGCUCGGUUUAGAAGCUACAGGUCUAAAUACGAGCGAGAAUGUUGUCACAUUGAGUAAUAAUGAAAUCUUAACUUACAAUUAUUUAUUCAUCUGUACGGGAAGCAAGCCUAGAAUGCCUGACAUACCUGGCAUUAAUCUGUCUAAUAUCUAUGUGCUGAGAAAUUAUACCGAUUCUCAUGCUAUACAUUCCAAAUUGUCAGAUAAAAAACAUAUUGUAAUACUUGGCUUAGGCUUCAUUGGUAUGGAAGCAGCUGCUUAUUGUGUUAGUAAGUGUGCAUCCGUUACCAUCGUAGGAAGAGGAACGAUACCUCUGCAAUCGGUUUUUGGAACAGCAAUUGGUAAUAGAGUUAGAGAAGAAUUCGAAGCGAAAGGUAUCAAAUUUAUAUUUAAAAAUAAUAUUACGCAAUUCGUUGCGAAGGAAGACAAGGAAGAUACCGUCGGUACAGUUAUACUUACCGAUGGUACGGUACUUCCUGCUGAUAUAGCUAUUAUUGGAAUUGGUUCUACAUUUUACACAGAUUGGAUAAAAGAUUCUUCAAUCGAAAUGUUACAAGACGGCAGCGUGAUAGUGAAUAAGCACUUGAAAACAAAUGUAGAAAAUGUGUACGCCGGUGGUGACAUAGCGUACGCACCAUUAUUCGAUUCCGAUAGCACUUCAGCGGCGAUAGGUCAUUAUUCCUUAGCGCAUUAUCAUGGAAAAAUAGCAGCAUUAAAUAUAUGCGCAAAAAGCACAGAAUUAAAUAGCGUUCCAUAUUUCUGGACAACAUUAUUUGGAAAAAGUUAUCGAUACACAGGGUAUGGAAAACCAGAUAAAAUAAGAAUUUAUGGUUCUUUGGAGAAUUUGGAAUUCUUUGCAUAUUAUAUCAAAGAUGGUAAAAUUAUUGCGAUGAGUAGCGUUGGAGCUGAUCCUGUCGUGUCGGAUUUUGCAAAUUUCCUAUACGAAGGAAAUUCAUUAACGGACGAAAUGGUUGAUAAAAAUCCGUUUGGUUGGAUGAGAACGAAACCUAAAGACUUGGUCGAACGAUUUCAAAAUGUAUCUAUCGUAGAUCCAUAAAUACAAGCUACCACAGGUUAAUAUUUAUGUUUAAAAAAAAUAACUGUUAAUUCUUGUCGUAUAUUUUAACAUGAUGCUGAAAUGCACUUCUGUUGACAUAGAAAUAAAGUUUGAGUUUGAAAAUAAAA